CUCGAGCCACUACGAAUGUCUCGUGGAGCCGGAUGGUGGAGAAUGAGCCACCACACACCAGACACCACCACUUUUGCUCUCACGUGCCUCCACUUCUUUUUUUUUUGUAACACUAACACGUGCCUCCACUUAUUACCAAAAGAAAAGAAAGACAACGAAGAUAGAAAGUGUCUCUGUGUAAUAAUAAACCACUUUCCUUUUGCCUCCUCCCUUCGACUUUCCUCUUUCCGAAUUUCACUUUCCUCUUCUCACGAAAAUCUCACGAUCGCUCGAGAUGGAUCUACAACCAUCUUCCUCUGCUUCUUGAUCUCUUACUUAGGUCUGUUAUCUUCCCAGCUAGGGUUUGCUGAUUUCCCCCCAAAUAGUAUAGCUAGGGUUUACUCCAUAAGCUCUUUCAAGAUGGAGGACACCAACAGGUCAGUUGCUUCCCUCAUGGACUCAACAUCAUCCAAGAUCCAGCAGCUCCAAAAGGCCUUUGCCGAGCUCGAAAGCCAGCGCGCAGUAACGCUUAACCUCAAGUGGAACGAACUCGAGGAGCAUUUCCACGGCCUCGAGAGGUCUUUGAAGAGACGUUUCCACGAGCUCGAGGAUCAAGAGAAAGAGUACGAGACCAAGACAAGGAAAGCUCAAGAGCUGCUGGAAAAGAAGAAAGCAGACGUUGAGGCCAAGGAGAAGGCGUCGCUGGAGAGGCUUCAGAAGAAGAGAGACGCAGCUGUGUUUGCUAUCAACACUGCUUUGGAUAAGUACAACAACAACAACAACGUCAAGAGUACAGAAGCCUUUGCUUCUGCUGCUGAUGAUGAGGAUGUGGAUGGUACUGUGCAAGAUGUUGUUGAGGUGAAGGCUUAUCCAGAGUUAGUGAAGCUGUGCAGGGAUAUGGACUCAGCGGGGCUACACAAGUUUGUAUCAGACAACCGCAAGAACCUUGUUCUACUAAAAGAAGAGAUUCCUGUGGCGUUCAGGGCUGCGGCGAAUCCGGCUAGUUUAGUGUUGGACGCUUUGGAAGGGUUUUAUCCACCACCAACCAGUGAUGGGAAGAAAGACGCUAACCUCUUGGGAAUGCGGAGGACUUGUGUCAUGUUGAUGGAGUGCCUUGGCGUACUGUUGUAUGGUCUGGACAGUAACUCCGUUGCUGAUGUUCUCUCGGAAGAUGUUAAGGAUAGAGCUAAAGGUGUUGCGGAAGGAUGGAGUCCACUGCUGGAGAGUCUUGACAUGGAUGCUGCUGGCAAUGGUAACUCUUUGGAGGCUCAUGCUUUCUUGCAAUUGCUUGCCACUUUUGGUGUUGUUUCCGAGUUUGAGGAGGAUGAGAUCUUGAAGCUGAUCCCUAUGGUAUCACGUCGCCGUCAGGCUGCUGAGCUUUGCCGUUCUCUUGGAUUGUCUCAAAAAAUGCCUGGUGUGAUUGAAGUUCUAGUGAACAGUGGUAAACAGAUUGAUGCUGUGAACUUGGCAUUUGCGUUUGGACUCACCGAACAGUUCCCACCUGUUGAGUUGCUUAAAUGUUACUUGACUGAGGCAAGUAGAUCUACCUCCCAAGGCAGACCUGGCAAUGCAUCUCCUGCUGUUCAGGAUGAGUUCAGUGAGAGGGAGCUGACGAGUCUUAAGGCUGUGAUAAAGUGUGUGGAAGAGCAUGACCUGGAAGAGCAGUACCCAGUUGAGCCACUUCACAAAAGGAUUCUCCAGCUGGAGAAGGCCAAAGCUGAGAAAAAGAGAGCAACGGAGCCCACAAAGCCUCAGACAAAGCGACCACGUGGUCCUCAACCCCGGGCCACUGAAAACAACAACAAUAACAACAAUAACAGCAAGACAGGAUAUGGUAGAGUGAUACCUGAGAGGUAUCCGCAGUAUGUGUAUGACAACAGACCUUUCCUUAGGGGUCCAAUCAUGGCAGCACAAGCUCAUCCUCCUCCUCAGGCUUACAGUUUCAGUCCCGCUGCUGCUGCUGCUCAUGGAAACUUCUACGGAAACUGCUAUCAGUACCAGGCUCCUCCUCCUGCUUACUUUCACUAAGGUUGAUGGUGAAUGUGACCGUAACUCUUUCUCUUCUAUGGUGUUAACUAGUGGCAGCAGCUCUUUAACCCCUCCUCUCCUACUAGUCAUUUUCCUUCGAUGUUACAUUGUUUGUUGUGUAUGGAUGAUUUUAGUAUUUUUAAGGAUCAACCCUACUCAAAACAAAAAAACUCAGAAUUUCUAUUAAUUAUAUUUUCACUGUUGUAUUA